CAGAUCAGAGCCGAUUGGAUCGAUAUGCGAGGGCUUCUCGGAGUCGGUAAACAAGGCUCCAGAGUCUACAGGUCAAUGAGAGACCGGUCACAGCGAGGGCCUUAACCAUAUUCUGUGCUUCUGAUGCCGCGCUAAGGGCGAGAUAGAGUCUCUCUCUCUCUCUCCGCCUGUUGGGUUUAGGGGAAGUGCUCAUCAGCCUUCAUAAACCCCGGGGCUUUGUUUAUGAGGGUAUCGGGACAGCGAGUGGACAGAGAUUCCAGCCAGCGGGGUGGGAGAGCGACAAUGAGCCGCCUCUUGUUGCCGUGGCUGUACGCCGCCCUGCCGGCUCUGCUGUGGGCCUCGCACGUCAGCCUGCUGGUGGAGGGGGACAACAACGCCUCCAGGAUCUGCAAGCCCGCCCCCCAUUGGACGAUAAAGGGCCGCGCGCCCAUGCAGGAGCUGCAGGGCAGCGUGGCGGUGGUGGCGCUGCUGAAGGCCAGCUGACACUUCUGCCUCACGCAGGCCUCCAAAAUCGGAGACCUGCGUGACAAGCUACACCGCAUGAACAUGACAGGAGUGUCUUUCAUGGUGGUGAACGAGCGCGAGGCCCACUCCAGAGCCCUGUACUGGGAGCUGAAGAGGAGAGCGCCCCCUGAUGUCCCCGUCUACCAGCAGGAGCCGCUUCAGAGCGACGUGUGGGAGGCGCUGGACGGCGACAAAGACGACUUCCUGAUCUAUGAUAGGUGUGGUCUUCUCACCUUCCACAUCGUGCUGCCGUACAGUUUCCUGCACGACGUCUACGUCGAGGCCGCAAUCAGAGCCACUUAUCUGAGGGACAUCUGCAAUUGCAAUACUAAUUCUUCCUUAUCGAGCGGCAAGAACGAGACAGCGCACUUCAACGCCAGUCAGGCGACUACAAUACCCACAGUUCAACCGGACACGGACGCUCCGGAGGUGACUCAUCCCCAUCACCAUCAUCAUCAUCAUCAUCAUCAUCAUCACCAACAUCCAUCCUCAUCCUCCCACCGUACAACAACCACCCCACCCUCAGCAUCAGAAUCAGUCCCAACAUCAGCAGGAUCCAAGUCACAAUACAACUCUUCACACCUCAGUCACCACCAACCUCAUCAUCAUCAUCAUCACCAUCAGCAUCAUCAUCAGCAGCCUGGCAACCACAGUCAUCCUGAUGGGAUGGAAGUGGAUCAUUAGGAUGCCAGGAGUGUUUUUUUACUCGUGUUUUUUUUGCUUUCGGUGCUUUUCACAGAACAUUCAGACACACAGCAGUUCACGGCAUCUCUUUGAGCAGUAAUCAGAUUGGUUUAUAUCCGGGAGCACAUCCACCCCUCUGUCCUUCUGUGUGGAUGGCGUAGCCAGUGCUACCCCCGGUCCUCUCCCAUUAAUGAAGUCCACGGUGUGAAACCUGCCUGCAGACGGCCGUGGAUGGAUGCUCGCGUGGAGAGGCCGGGGUGUGCUGAUGGUUAUCGUCACCUGGACAGACUGAGGACGUUGUGAAAAAACCUCCGUCAGAUUACUACCCAAACAUUCUGCUUCUGUGCCGUGCUACGACGUCCUAACCCUGUCCUUUCCAACGCGUGCAAGUGUUUUGAAAAGUGUUGUCACAAUGAAUCAUGUUUCGCACACAAUUUGUAUUUUGCACUUGUGUUUAUGUGCAAUAUUACUGGAUGUAAUACUUGUUUGCAUGUUUGCUGUGGAUUUUAAAAUGUGGCCACUUCCGAUGAUACGCCCGAACGUAGAAUGAACCCUCUAGAUCUGUGUGCUCCAUUAAAAGGAAAAGACAUGAGAUGAAACGUU